AUGCUGCUGUGGAACGCUGCACCCUCGCGUGCAUCGUCUCCCUCAUUCGAGCUGCUCACAAGUCGCUCCGUAGCACGCUCAGAGAUCACUUCCCUCUCCCUCUCUUCCAGCACACUACUCACCACCUAUCGCUCGACGCCUGCACUAUCCUGGGUCGACGCCUUCACCCUCCCCUCCCUGACCUCGCUCUCCAAGUCCUCCGGCGCGGCGGCAGUCCUCAUGCCCGAGGAGAAAUGCAGCGACACGCACGCCAAGCGGAAUGAUCCCAUUCGAGCCGUCACAGUGAGAGAGGGAACGGCCCAGCGCGGCGUCGAGACUCACCAAGAAAGCACCAUUGUCAUUCGGGACGUGAGGAGCGGCAAGUCGCUGGGCGAUAUCAAGGGGGCAUGCGGCAACCCCAUCGCCGUAUCUCAGGACGGUCGUCUGCUCGCCGCGCGCGACGCAUCCUCCCCCGUGAGGAUUGGCGUCUGGGAUAUCAAGACGGGCGAGAGAGUGGCGCUCAUUGCAUCCCAUAUUGAUCUGGUCACGCACGCCGUCUUUACGCCGCAGGGCACACUCGUCACAGCGUCCAAGGAUGGCACGCUGCGCGUCACCCACAUUAGGACCGCCAGGACGGUAGCCAGACUGGAGAUGGACAGCACGAACCCGACAGUGGUGGGCGUGUCGAGGGAUGGAUGCGAGAUUUUGUCUCUAUGGGGACGGAUGCAGUACACCUGGAUGCCUGACCACAGCAGCUUGGCGUCGUCCUCGCUGUCCGCCGAGCGGACCAGGGAGGGAUGGCCCCUUUGCUUCUCCCCUAACGCACGCUUUCUCGCUUGUAGGACGGAAGACGGAUUCGACAUUAUGGACGUCAUGUCGAAAGAGAUUGUGCUGGAAAGAAACAGCGAGAGCAUAAUCACGGCAGCGGCGUUUGAUGACAGUGUCCAGCGACUCUGCGUGGGGAAGAUGGACGGCACCAUUGAGGUUUGGGAGCUCUACGAGCUCGGCAGCUGCAAGUCUUGA